AUGAUCGAGGAGGGCCACUGCGUCGUCGACGAGCAGGAGGCGACGGCGGCGGACUGGUACCGCAAGGCCGCCGAGGCCGGCGUCGUCCAGGCCCAGUCGAACUUCGGCCUCAUGCUCAUGAAGGGCAAGGGCGUCCCCAAGGACGAGCGCGCGGCCGUCGACUGGUUCGUCCGCGCGGCGGAGCAGGGCGACCCGGACGUCCAGAACUGGCUCGGCCUCUGCUACCAGGACGGCCGCUGCGGCGUCGCGCCCGACGACGCCGAGGCCGCGCGAUGGUACACGGCGGCCGCCGAGUCCGGCGACCCGGACGCGAUGUCGUGGCUCGGGACGCUCUACAAGGAGGGCCGCGGCGUGCCCAAGGACGACGCCCGCGCCCUCGAGUACUUCAUGGCCGCGGCCAACGCGGGCUGCCAGUCCGCGCUCGACGAGCUCCGCAACCGCGGCCUCUCGCCCUAG